AUAACACCUUUUUCAGCCACUUCUCCCCCGUAUACAACUCUAUUUACUAGUAUUUACCAAUUAACAACUAAAACAAUUAUUCAUGACUCUAUCUAUACCUUCUUCAAUGGCUCCAUCAUCGCCGGUGGUUGCACAACAGUCACCGUGGCACUCACCAGUGCCAUACCUCUUUGGUGGACUUGCUGCCAUGCUCACUCUCAUUUCUUUUGCUCUCAUGAUCCUCGCUUGCUCCUAUGCUAAAUACGCCAGAGACGAGGAGAACGCCGGCGAUGGAGAAAGAGACCUUGAGGCCGGAGAUGAUAAACCAGACAACGACAAGGAAUUAUCCUCUGUUUUUGAAGAGAAGUAUCUUGUAAUCAUGGCGGGAGAAUCAAAACCAACGUUUCUGGCGACACCCAUCUCGAGCAGACCCUUAAUGUUUUGUAGAUGUAGUUGCCGGAGCUUCUCGACGGAAAAUUCCUCGACGUCGGAAGUGGUAAUGAUGGAGGAGAAUCAAGAAGAAAAACAGGGGAGGAGUAGUAAUCAGGUACAAGUUAGGAACACGGCGAAUCAGGACACCACAGAUCAUAUCCCUUGAUAUCUUCCAAAUUUCAUUUCUUUUGCGUUCAGGGUACCUAUCCAAAGAAAUACCGAAUGGUGGCGAUUGUGGGUUGUAUGGUAGAUAGGGUGGAGACUACUGUAGGUGAUCAUUCAGCAUUACCUCGUAUUUCUUAGUUUUAAGUUUUAACCAAUCGGAAUGUACAUAAAAAUUACAAGGAAUGAAAGAGGACACUUGUUUACA